AUGGUACAAAGAGUGGCACGGAAAACAGGAAACAGCAAUACCAUCCAAAACUUCUGCAAAGAAAAUGAAGGAAAACCUAAGUGUAGCCUGCCAAAGUGGGAGAAAGAGUGCCUGUAUGGAAAAUUUGAAUGCCAACAAAAGGAAAGGAAUUUUAAGAGGCUGCUUCAGUCUCCAGAAAAAUUUAAAGAGGACAUAGACGUUAGGCAUUUUAAGAAUGAAGAAAUAGCAAGAGAGGGACAUGAGAUGGAAAGGUGUUUGGAAGAGAUAAGGGGUUUGAGAAAAAUUAGGACUCUUCCUUGUAACUAUAGGCAUUCUCAGGACUGACCUUAUCCUAUUUAA